ACCUGGGAGUUCACCCUGAAGGUUAAGGCGGGCUUGCUCUUGGAUUCAUAUCAUCAAUUUCAGAUUUUCUUAUGUCUGGGCUUUUUCGUCUUUCAGCUAUGAAGACAACGAUUCUGCUUCAAUGGGGAAAAUUAUUUCUGAUACUCACAGCGCUCUCCUGCUGCAGUGCUCUUCAGGUUACCAUUGAAAAGCAAGAAUAUGAGGUUCAUAAAGGAGAAGAUGUGACUUUGACAUGUAAAUUUGUCCCAGCCAGACCAAUUUCCAAUGCAUUCUUCCUCAAAUGGGAAGCCAGCCCUGAUAAAAUCGGUGAUUCAAUGAAAACGGUGGCCUCCUACUUUCUAAACAACCCAAUUGAUAUUGCACCUGCCUAUGAAAGCCGGGCCACUAUGGAAGUAGACAUUGACAGACAAAUGAGCACGCUUCGGUUAACACAAGUGACCAUGCAGGACAGCCGCAGUUUCCAAUGCAGUGUCACGAUCCCUGGUGACGAUGAGGGAAACACAGCUGACACCACUUCUCUUUUAGUCCUGGAGCCUCCAUCUCCACCAGUCUGUAAUAUUCAGGGAACAGCAGAGUACUGGCAUGAUAUCGUCCUCACCUGCAUGUCCGAGGAAGGAUCUCCAAAGCCUUCCUAUAAAUGGAAAAGCCACAGUGUUGAAAACAUUCCCAGACCAUUUCCACCAAAGACAACUGAAAAGGAUGGAGCGUUAUCGCUGUUCAACAUUUCAAAGGAAAUGUCUGGGUUCUACAUUUGCACAUCAACAAAUCGAUUUGGUUCUGCCAGCUGCAACCUAACUUUGGCUGUGAUGCCUAGUAGCAUGAACUUGGGAUCCACUGCAAUUAUAAUUGGAGUAGUCGCAGGUGUUGUGGUUGCAGCGGUUAUAGUUUUCUGUUGUUGCCGGAAAAAAUGCAAAAAAGACAAGCAGGCUGAAGGUUCCCCUGAAGAAAUGGCAUAUUUUGACAAAGAUGCUCCUGAAGCUGAGCAGUACUUGGAUGACAAGUCAAAGUCGAAGCAGCAGUACAAGGAUGAAGACAAAGAUGUUGUUCCUCAAAGCAACUACAGCGUAGGGACAGCUGAGAAAAAGUUUGAGGAUGAUGAACACAGUAAUCGCAGUGGUAGAGGAAGAAAUGAUGACAAAGGCAGUGAUGCUGACUCUCAACGCAACAAGGAAGACCGUCAUGAUCAGUAUCGUGGUAGUCGGGAUCGCCUUGAUGAUCGACGUGAUGAAUACAGGGGCAGUCGAGAUCGCCUCGAUGAUCGGCGCAAUGAUUACAGGGGCAGUCGGGAUCGCCUUGAUGAUCGACAUGAUCAGUAUCGAGGCAGUCGGGAUCGUCUUGAUGAUCGACAUGAUCAGUCUCGAGGCAGUCGGGAUCGUCUUGAUGAUCAGCGCGAUCAGUAUCGUGGUAGUCGGGAUCGCCUUGAUGAUCGGCAUGAUGAAUACAGAGGCAGUCGGGAUCGCCUUGAUGAUCGACGCGAUCAGUAUCGAGGCAGUCGGGAUCGUCUUGAUGAUCACCGUGAUCAAUAUAGAGGUAGUCGGGAUCACAUUGAAUAUAUUGAUGAUCGUUAUGCAAGCGGAUAUGAUUAACCUGUGUUGCUGAAUGUUUCAUUCAUUUUUACCUUCUCCAUUCACUUUUGAUAUUCAUGUGUUAAUGCACAGGCAGCAAAGUCCAUAGGCACAUGUAUGAAUAUACUAUCAGUUAUUGAUUUAACGUUUAUCCGAAUAACAUCAGUCAGGUCAGCGGAAAUUCAAUGAAAGUGUCAUCUCUUAACUAAGCCUGUUUCAGUCAAUUCUAAUGCUAAAAUCUUCCAGUGUAAAAUAUAAGGAAUAAUUUCAAAAUACUCUUAGCAACUAUUUUUUUGUUGCCCUUUAAUUUUUACAAAAACUAGUCUGGUGCAAAAAUGCAAUUUGUGAGAAAAAAAAACAGUAUCAGGAACAUUUACACCUUGAAACUUAAAGAAAACCUUGUAUAUCAAGGUAACUUGACCUUUUGGAUUAACAUAAAUGUCUUUUAUGCACACUGUCCAAAGAAACAGACCAGAUUUCUAUAGAAAUCUGAGAAAAACAUAACAAAUGAUUCACUUAGGCUCUCAUUUUAGGGCAAUGCACUCUGGGUAAUGAUGUCAUAUGACUACACUGACCUUCAUACACCUUUCUUACAUUUUCUCGAAUGUGUGGAGAUCUGGAGAGUUUCUUUGUACAACAUACAUAUACAAAACAAAAAUUAGUCCAAUAAGGCCAGUCAUUCAUUUUAAUGCAAUUGAUUUAAUGCUGUAACUUGGGAAUUGUGGUUCAAAAGUUGUUUAUUUUUUAUUUUUUAUGCAAAUUUCAUCUGUUUCUGUCCUUUUCUAAAUGUAAAUGAGUUCAUUUGUUUUGUUUUAAAGUCUUUUUUAAACUGCAGUUUAAAAUAGAAGUUAAAAUGCCUCAGCUGUACCUGGGCUAGAAUUAAAGGAAUUUUAUAACGUGUGUGGAAAACUAGUCCGUAUAAGUUGUUGCAUUUUAUGUUUUUGUGAGUGCUAUGAACAUUAAUUGAAAAUACUGUAUCGUUGAUAAAAUCUUUGCCGCUUUAGGUUCAUGUUUAUGUGACAAUGACUCAUCUUGCAUGCUAAAUCUGCCUUUUUUUUACACAAAAAUAACAAAUUAAGUUUAAUUAAGAAAUAAAAUUGGUAAAAUUGCAAUCUUUGUGUGCAAUUUGUUUUAAAAAAUAGAACACAUUUUAGACAUGUUUA